CUUGUUUACACUUUCCCUCAAACCAGUUAGUCUAACUAUCAACGUGGCUUCCGCGCAAUCACACACCCUUCCGUCAUCGCACCAACAACACUCACUCACUCACUCCCCCUUCCUCUCUCUUUUCACUACUCAACAAAGAAAAACAAACAAAACCACCUUACUUCGUCCAAUUACUUACCUCUCCGUCACAAUCAACCAGUCCAAUUCCUCCCUGAAGCGCUAAACAACAACAACCACCUAAUACCUACUACCUACCCUCCACAAUGAUCACCGACGACGAGCUCCACCGUCUGGCCGUCUUCCUCGGCUCCUGCGCCAUGAUGAUGAUCGUUCUUUACCACUUCCUCGAGGUCAAUCAGAAAGAAGAUGACGAGGAGGUCGACGUCAAAAACAACAACAGCAACAACAACAAGCAACAACAAUCUACGGGCGCGUCGUCGUCGGCUGGUUCGACCACUACUACUGC